AUGCCUCAACGUGAUAAUCUAGUGCUUCUUGCUGCUGGUGCCGUCGCUGCAGUCUGCGUCAUGCCAACCACAACAGGCAUCCAGCUCGGCAGCAAUACAAACAUAUUGUGGGAAAACAAUUGCAACUUCACCGGGAAGGAUUGCCGAUCGAUGAAAGCCAUACCACAGGUAUGCGGCGACGUCUGUGCUUACGACUCGACAUGCACGGACUGGAUCUGGAACAACUACAACGACGGCACUUGCUGGAACAAGCCCAUACCCAAGUUUCAGCAGGAGCCCACGUCUCAUCAGGAGCCCAAGUUUCAGCAGGAGCCCAAGCUUCAGCAGGAGUCCACGUCUCAUCAGGAGCCCAAGUUCCAGCAAAAGCUCCAGUCCAAGCAGGAGCCCAAGUUCCAGCAGGAGCCCAAGUUCCAAGUGGAAUCCCCAGUCCAAGCGGAAGGCCAAGUCCAAGUGGAAGCUCCAGUCCAAGCAGGAGUUCCAGUCCAAAUGGAAGCCCUAGUCAAAGCAGGAGUCCCAGUCUAA